AUCCUAAAUUCCCAAAUCUCCAUUUCUCUCUCUCGCUCUCGCUUAAUCUCUCUUUACUAUGGCGACAGUUUCUUCAGAUCCGGCUCCAGCGAAGAAAUCGAGAAAUAGUAGAAAAGCGUUGAAGGAAAAGAAUGAGAUUGUCGAGUCAUCACCAUUGUUGUCACCGGUCUCAGGGAAAGGGAAAGAAACGAAAUCGUUUGAGAAAGAUCUGAUGGAGAUGCAAGCGAUGUUGGAGAAGAUGAAGAUCGAGAAGGAGAAAACUGAGGAUUUGUUGAAGGAGAAGGACGAGAUCCUGAAGAAGAAAGAGGAAGAACUUGAGACAAAGGAUGUGGAACAGGAGAAACUUAAGAUGGAGCUGAAGAAACUGCAGAAGAUGAAGGAAUUUAAGCCUAACAUGACAUUUGCGUUUACUCAAUCUUUGGCACAAACUGAAGAAGAUAAGAAGGGAAAGAAGAAGAAGGAUUGUGCCGAAACAAAGAGACCUUCAACACCGUAUAUUUUGUGGUGUAAGGAUAAUUGGAACGAAGUGAAGAAGCAGAAUCCUGAAGCUGAUUUCAAGGAGACUUCGAAUAUUCUUGGUGCUAAGUGGAAGGGGAUUAGUGCAGAAGAGAAGAAGCCUUAUGAGGAGAAGUAUCAGGCGGAUAAGGAAGCUUAUCUUCAGGUUAUUACGAAGGAGAAGCGCGAGAAGGAAGCUAUGAAGCUUCUUGAUGAUGAGCAGAAGCAGAAAACUGCUAUGGAAUUGCUUGAUCAGUAUCUUCACUUUGUUCAGGAAGCUGAACAAGACAACAAGAAAAAGGCCAAGAAGAUAAAGGAUCCCUUGAAGCCUAAACAUCCAAUAUCUGCUUACAUGAUCUAUGCUAACGAGAGGAGAGCUGCUUUAAAAGGAGAAAACAAAAGCGUUAUUGAAGUCGCUAAGAUGACUGGAGAAGAGUGGAAGAACUUGUCGGAAGAACAAAAGACUCCCUAUGAUCAGAUGGCAAAGAAGAACAAGGAGAUAUAUCUGCAAGAAAUGGAAGGAUAUAAAAGAACAAAGGAAGAAGAAACCAUGAGCCAGAAGAAAGAAGAAGAAGAACUCAUGAAACUCCAUAAACAAGAAGCUCUUCAACUUCUCAAGAAGAAGGAAAAAACCGACAAUAUUAUAAAGAAGACGAAAGAGACGACCAAGAACAAGAAGAAGAACGAGAAUGUUGAUCCUAACAAACCCAAAAAGCCUACUUCUUCAUACUUUCUCUUCUGCAAAGACGCGAGAAAGAGUGUGUUAGAAGAGCAUCCUGGGAUCAACAACUCAACUGUUACUGCCCACAUUUCAUUGAAAUGGAAGGAACUUGGUGAAGAAGAGAAACAAGUUUACAAUGGCAAAGCUGCUGAGUUAAUGGAAGCUUAUAAGAAAGAAGUGGAAGAGUACAAUAAGACCAAGACGUCGUCGUAGAGAAAUAAAAAUGAGAAUGUUCA